UUGGCACAGCUUGUAAAAACAUGUCGUGACAGCUAUCAUAACUGUCAGUAGUGUGUGUUGAACAUCUUUGUUUGUGAUUAAAACAUGAGACAUAAGACAGGUGUUUUAUUUAGCCAGCAAUUUGACAAACAAUUGACAAGACUGUUUGCUACCAGGUAACAUGUUGUUGGUUUUCCCUUCUCUAGAAAAGAGAAAAGGUUCUCCCUAAGUCCACUAUCAUCUCCACUGUUUUGAGCAUGUUCAGCUCCAGGUUGUUAAGACCGCAGUCAUCAUUUAAUGUAAUUAUUUGGAACAUGGUUUAUUUAUUAACAACAAGUUACCUGUUUCAAAUGACUUCCUGAAGUGUGUUUAUAGUGUCCUUUCUAAUCACUCAGACACUGACGUUUUGUCUCAGUACCAGCAACAUGUCAGAAGUGCGCACGAGAAAGUGCCAGUACGCUAAAGACUAAAAUACUCAAGUGUCGGUUCUGUGUACCGGUGGUGCGUACCGGCCCACUUCAAGCACUGGUUUAGAUAUUAAAAGUACAGCUAUAGAAAAGCAAAUUCUAUAUAAAUUCAAAUAUCAUUUUAAAAAGGUGCACCCUUAAGGUAAACAUGAAAAAGAAAAAAAGAGAAACCACUGAACAAAACUAGACUGACCAGUUGGUGAAUCCUGAGAACUACAGAUGCUUCAAACAUUUAUUUGCCGAUACGUCAAAGCUUCUCUAAAUGACCAUGUUACUACACGCCUUUGGCAUUCUGGGUGUCACUCUGCACCUCUUUACAAUCCUGUGAACGAGACUGUUAGAGCAUACAUCACACGCAGAGUCUGUGCACGCUGAGCAUGGAGCUGUUUGUAGUCCUGUUAUACACCGGAUUGGUGAAUUUCGUAUCAGCUGGAAUAGAUGGACAGAAAUGGACAUAUUCAGAAGGAGAAGUGGACCAGAAGCACUGGGCAGAAAAGUUUCCCGAGUGCGGCGGCGACCAGCAGUCUCCCAUUGACAUACAGCGGCGCAAAGUGCGCUACAAUCCGGGAAUGCUGCAGCUCGAGCUGACGGGAUAUGACGAAAUGCGCGGCAACUUUCGCAUGACCAACAAUGGACACUCUGUGGAAAUAAAUCUGCCACAGACUAUGAAGAUUACCAAGGGGUUUCCAGACCACUACACUGCUGUCCAAAUGCAUCUGCACUGGGGAGGCUGGGAUUUAGAGGAAAGUGGAUCAGAGCACACAGUGGAUGGCAUCCGCUACAUGGCAGAACUGCAUGUUGUUCACUACAACUCUGAUAAGUACAGCAGCUUCCACGAGGCCAAAGAUAAACCAGAUGGUCUUGCAGUUCUGGCCUUUUUUUAUGAGGAUGGUCAUUUUGAGAACACGUACUACAGCGAUUUCGUUUCAAACCUGGCAAACAUCAAGUAUGCAGGUCAGGCUAUGAAUAUCACUAACUUGAACGUACGCUCCAUGCUUCCGGAAAACUUGAGUCACUUUUUCAGAUAUCAGGGCUCUCUCACCACACCGCCGUGCCAUGAGAGCAUUCUGUGGACUGUAUUUGAUACGCCCAUCACACUCUCUCACAAUCAGAUCCGAAAAUUGGAGAGCACAUUAAUGGACCAUGAAAAUAAGACCCUGUGGAACGACUACCGCAUAGCCCAGCCUCUGAAUGAGAGAGUGGUGGAGUCCUCUUUCCUCCCACGCCUGAGCAAAGGAGGAAUUUGCCGUCAGGAGGAAAUUGAAGCCAAGCUGAAGAGGAUUGAGAGCCUUAUUGUGUCAAUGGACAAAAAAAUGGUUUCAGGCCUGCAACAUGUAUCUCCACUGGUCCUCUACUUCCCAAAAAAGAAUGUGGAGAGUUACGCCAUGGUGGUGUUAUCCCACCCCAUGAACCUCCAAUCCUUCACAGCCUGCAUGAAUGUCCGUAUAAUGCCCAUACCAGACCUUACCGUGCUUUCUUACUCCACGGAACUUGACAAUGAGCUCAUGAUCACUUUGGGCACUGAAGUGGGUCUCUGGAUCGGAGAUGAGUUUGUAAAUUUACCAUUCGAACACCAAUCCAACAAUUGGACAAACUACUGCUUUACCUGGGCAUCACACACAGGAGGGGUUGAACUGUGGGUGAACGGACUGGUCGGGAAAGAGCGGUACAUUCGGGCAGGAUACACCAUUCCAGCUGGAGGAAACCUAAUUUUGGGAAAGGACCAGGAUGGCCUUUUAGGGAUCUCGGACAGUGAUGCUUUUGUAGGGCACAUGACCGAUGUAAAUGUGUGGGAUUAUGUGCUGACUGCAGCAGAGAUUAAGGAGCAAAUGUUGUGUGAUAAUGGCAAGGUGAAAGGGAAUGUCCUGAGCUGGGCAAUCACUCCGCUCAGUCUGUAUGGAGGAGUUCAGCUGCAGACUGAGCAGGUUUGCCUCUGAGAGAGAAAGAGAUUUUUUUCAAACAAACGUCAAUAUCAGCAAUAUUAGCUCUGCUAACUUGAACUUUCCCUGGGGAGUAACUGCAAGUAAGAAAGAUAAUCUAUUUUAAAUACAAGCAUUUCAAUGUAUUUUUACCCAACUGAAUACUGUGAAUCAUAUCUGAAGAAUUUCAAUAAACAUUUGCAUUCUUAACCUUC